CAUUCACUUCGACCUACUAAUGGUUAAAAUAACACAUUUGAAAAACAAAGAAAAUUGGAAACACUACAUAAUUUUAGUAAAUCUUGUAUAUUUUACACGUCUUAUCAUAACGUCAGAUCUUGUCAUUUCAUUAAUCUACGUUAAGUAAGGCUUAGUUUUAAAAUGACGUCAUUUGUCAGUGUCAAUCACAAAAUCAGAGACUGGGAACUUUAAUGUCCAGUUUUUAUGUGUUUUUAUACAGAUUUUUAAUGUUUUUUAACACUUUAGAAAUGAAAUGGAGAGUCCGAAAGCUAAAGAAGCUCUCAGUUGUUCAGGGUGUUUGAAUGACAUUGGAUACGAUGAGUAUGUAUCGGCGCUGUCACAACAUUGGCAUAAGGAUUGUUUUAGGUGCUCAGUAUGUGAUGAUCUGUUAUCAACAUGGUACUUUGAGAAGGCUGGUCUACUGUUCUGCCAGAAAGACUAUUGGGCGAAGUACGGAGAGAGUUGUCAGCAAUGUACACAGGUGAUAACCGGCCCAGUGAUGGCCGCCGGCGAGCACCGCUUCCACCCGGAGUGCUUCGCUUGUCACUCUUGCGCCGCCCACAUCGAGGACGGAGAGUCGUACGCUCUACUUGAACGCUCCAUCUUAUAUUGCGGAAAAUGCUACAGAGCUCCCCACACAAGAACGCACGCCAUCCACGUGGUGGAGGUUCCGCCUAACGCGGUGCGAAUAUCGACAGGCGACAAGGGCUCGCUGACCGUCUCCGAUUCCCUUUGCGCCGGCAAGAUGUCUCGACUGGCGCGAGUACUGGUGCGAGCGGCUCUCUCGCUCUGUAUUCAGCUCACUUGUCAUAGGAUUGAUUCGUCGUGUGGCCUGUUAACUCUGCACAUCGGCGAUCGUAUUCUGGAAAUAAACGGGUCCCCGGUAGGGAAUCGACCCGCGGACGACGUGCAGAGGGCGCUCGGCCGACCCGACCAGAUUAUACAGCUGACCAUCGAGCACAGCCCUGAAACGGUAAGUCGCCCUGUAUCCAUGUGCGCACCGAGGGACACGGAGAAACCCUGCAAGGUAACGGAGGGGGUCAUGGACAAGGGGACCUAUGAAGGCAAGAAAGAGAGGCUGUUCAAGAGAAAGGGAGAGGAUGGGGGCAAGCCGAGGAUGAUGAAGCGGAGACAGACGCCGUCCAGUCCGCUGCUCGGCGACAAAGAGAAGAGCAGCAGUAUGUCCAAGCUGUUGGACGUCGUGGACGGCGAGGAGUCGAACGGCGUGCAGGGCGACCUGAGCCGGGCGCGAUCCUUCCGCGCCGACACCAGCUCCGCCGGGCAGAAGGUGUUCCGCGCCUGCGACCUGCUGCAGGGCGAGUUGCUAGGCUCCGGAUUCUUCGGCGAGGUGUACAAGGUGACCCACCAGGACACCGGUGAGGUCAUGGUGCUCAAGCAGCUGUACAGGGUUGACGAGGAAGCGCAGAGGAACUUCCUCAAAGAGGUGGCGGUGCUGAGGUCCUUGCACCACCCGAACGUGCUCCGGUUCGUCGGCGUCCUGUACAAGGACAAGCGACUGCACCUGGUCACCGAAUACGUGGCCGGAGGAACGCUGCACCAGCUCCUACAGGACCCGUCCGCGAGCCUGAGCUGGGCGUGCCGUGGGCGGCUGGCGCGCGACGUGUCCCGCGGGGUGGGCUACCUGCACCGCCGGAACGUCAUACACCGCGACCUCAACUCGCACAACUGUCUCGUGCGUGAGGAUCGCACCGUGAUUGUAGCUGAUUUCGGUUUGGCUCGCAUCGUCCAAAGGACCACGGCGCACGGAUCCUUAAAGCGGAAACGAUACACAGUCGUCGGCAACCCCUACUGGAUGGCCCCCGAGAUGAUGAACGGCAACGUGUACGACGAGAAGGUCGACGUGUUCUCCUUCGGGAUCAUACUGUGCGAGAUAAUAGGCAGGGUGUCGGCGGACCCCGACUGCCUGCCCCGGAGGUCGGACUUCGGCCUCAACGAGGAGGUGUUUCUCGAGAAGUUCUGCGCGUCCUGCCCUGAACCCUUCUACAGGAUCGCCUUCUUGGCCUGCAAUCUCGACCCGGACGAUAGACCGCCUAUGGAGGUCAUAGAAACGUGGCUCGAAGCGUUAGUGGAACAGCUUUCUGAAUCGGAGCUUAAAGAGAAUCUAGAUGUGCUUUGCAACGAUCUCGACUCCCCGACCGAGGGCUCUCUUGUCAAGAGCGAUUCUCAGUCAACGUUAGAAGAGACGCGCUCGAUAUCGUACCGGCCGCUGGUGCCCGUCGCGCUCGGCAAGUGCGUGUCCGCCUCCCAGGUGGGGGCGGGGGGCGGGGGGCCCGCGCGGGGGGGCCGCUGGGGGCGCGCGCACAGCCACCAGGCGCUGCACACGCCCGGGUACAUCCUGCAGGCCAGGGGACCCACCAUCGACAUCACCCAGGUGGACGACAUCAGCGAGUGGCUAGAGCCGACGCCCCUCAAGCGAUCACAGCCAGACCCUCAGCUGCACCGGCCGCGACACCAGGUUCUCCUGCCGGCCUUCCUCAGGAACCAGUCCGUAGAAGAACUGAGACCAAAGCACGUGCCCAGCGACGACUCUUCGGACGACAGUGAGGCCGGCGUCACCAGCGCCGCGCCGCAGCCCGCCGUCACGUACCGGAGCCCGGCCGAGCGGCGCCUCCCCGAGGUGGACGUGCGCCGGUACAACAUCGACUUCCUGGCCGGCAGCCCCGUCAUGGCGCAGGGCAUCAAGAACAUACCAAAAAUAGUCGAAAGAGACAAAACCAAUGAGAAAACCGGUUUCUUCACCAAAAAACUGUUAUCGCCGAAAUUAAGUCGAUUAUUCAGACCGAACGCGACCGAGGCGGGGGGCAAGCCUCACGCCGACCUCAACAAGUCCAACAGCACGUUCUUCGUGCAGCAGCCGCCCGCCCUCGGCCGCUCGUCCUACAGGAUACGGCCCGUCGGGGACGCCGGCGCGGACGUGCUGCAGAGCGACAUCAAACUGGCCAGCAUGGGGAGGCCCAUGACGCCCACGCUGAGGAGGUGUCCCGACCGCCCGGACCUCGCCGACGCCCGCUUCAGCUGUCGGGACUUCAGGACUAAGAUGAUUAACAACGACCACGUCAAGGCGCACAUCACGAGGGGCGCCCCGGUGGGACAGCCGCACGUACAGAGGAGGAGGAACCCGGACAAGAGCGAGCCCCGGAUGGGCAUCUCGCGGAGCAACUACGUCAGUCUAGCCAACCUAAAGAUAAACAAUAAGGCGAACGGUCUGGAUGUCACCGAGAGAGCCAGACGCGAGGUCAACGAUAACUCCCCCGUGGAGAGGGUCGUGUGACGGGGGACGGGGGGUUGGGGGGGGGCUUGCUUCCGUAUGUGUUCGAGGAAUGUCAGAUAAAUAUACAUCUAUACAUUCUGAUUGAUAGUAAUAUAACUAACUGCACGUUACAAAUUAUAAUCUUGCCAUUUUGAAAAAUAUACAAACUGGAUAUUGUAUUGACAUUUAAAGGUGAAAAUAGGUCGCGUCACGGAUGGACGUAGGUUCGACAAUUGCCACAACAAAGAACCCUUCUGACUUUCAUUGCGUGUGGUUAGAUAUUGACAGUGCCAUUGCCAUUGGUCACCUUUGAUUGUCUGCAAUAUUCAGGCUACGGAAUUAUAUAAAUGUUGAAACUUUGUACACGUUACUAUUAUUAUUGUUGAAAGGUUUAUAACGAUUAAUGUAUACGCGGAAUUUUAGUAUUAAUAAUAUAUUUAUUACACUCGGGGCGUUGGACCACGCGGUCUGGCGCCUCUGUCCUGCCUUAUUUACCGCGAAAUUAUGCCUUUAAUAACUAGCCGGCUGUCGUGUCCACGCGGUGGGGACCCGUGACCAGUCUCCCAGAGAAGGGUGCUUAACGUUGGGCCAGCAAUGGUCGACCAUGUUGGCCUAACUACUCACUCUCUAACUACUACUGGCACUAAAAAAAAAAUCGGCCGACAAACAGACGAGAAUGUAGCACUUAACUGUGUUGACAUUCAGUAGUUGUAUUGGUUACAAUCCAAAUAGAUUACGGCGUUAGUUUGCGUACUUCGGUUCGGUAAUAUGUAUUCUUCGGGCCUUAGAAAGAGAGGAUCGGGUUUUUAGUUGAUUCGUAGAGCGCCGUCUCUCUCGCACGAUACGUUAUAGCAAGGAACGGUAUUCUUGGUUACGCGGUAACGCUUAGCAAAUCCUGUUUGGCUUGGAUUUUAAACUUUUGAUCGGAAACAAUAUAUUAAAGCACUUUUUUAAUAGUCCUUUAACACUAAUCAUACCAACACUCACAGGUACCUAUUUCUAUCAUAGCAGGUAGAUAACUGGUAUACAACAAAUAUUACUCAAAAUAAACAAAACCAAACAAAAAAAAAAGUAUAAUAACUGUAGAUUAAUUAGUAAGAAAAAGGCACGAAGUCAAAUGUGCAAAAGCAUUAAAAUGAUACCUGCAUUUUCAAUGCAAAAGUUCAAAAUGGGGCAUUUGGCCCGUUAUGGUAUGUUUAGUGUUAAUAUACCACAGUCUUCGAUAAGUCGUUAAAGAUCUUUUAGUCUCAAAACUUAAUUACUUUUUAGUUUGUAAUUUUAUUAUCAAAUGAUUAAAUCUUUUUUCGUAAUUAAUUUACUAACGUUAUUUUUUUUUGUUUUAAAACCGUUGACACGCUCCGUAAGAGCGAACAGUUUUGAUUAGUAUCAUAAACGGGGAAAGUUCUAGACUAGUCUUGCGUAGACCAAUAAAACAGUUUAUGCAAAAAUAUUUCUACACAAAAAACUCUACGCCUCGGGUCCAAUUGCGAUUAUUGGUUGUAGUAAAUAUCUUUAUUAAAUACAGACUACUGAGUUUCUCGUCGGAUCUUCUCAGUGGGUCGCGUUUCCGAUCCAGUAGUAGAUUCUGCGAAGCACUGCUCUUGCUAGGGUCAGUGUUAGCAACACUCCGGUUUGAGACCCGUGAGCUCACCUACACGUUAGGGCAACGCUGAUAUAGCCUCUCAAGGCUAUCAGCAUAGGUAGGGAAAUAAAUUGAAUACAUUUGAUACUCCUCCAGUAUCGAGUACCCGCUUGUUCAAGUAUAUUCUUCAAGUAUUACUCAUGUCUGAUAUACAUACCUUUUCGUUCAGUGUGCUUAGUGAGAGUUUUUUAACGUUCUCGAUAGCGUAAAAGUUAACGCAUAUUUGUAUGCAGUUAGAACAGCGCCCCUAGCGGCAAACGUAGGCAAACAUUCCAACUCCAUCCAAAUCUUUUUUUUUUUCGGACCUGGCGCCGAUCCUCCUUCGAGGUCCCCGCGCUUAGGGGGCACGCGGUGUAUGUGGGACUUGACGAUCUGCAAGGUGUUGACAUUUUAGGGCCCUACCGCACUAAACGACUCCCCUGCACUCUUAAACCCGACGACCGAUCUCCGUCCGGGGUCAGAACCCGGUCAGAGUAGGGGGGUAACUCCAUACAAAUCUGAGUUAACUUUUACGCUAUCGAGAACGUUAAAAGACUCGCACUAAGCACACUGGUACCGAGAAUGUUAUCAGAUUUUGCCUAAUUAAUAAUCAUUUUCAAAACUGCUCUCUUACCGAAAUAGUUACGGGCAAUUAACAUAGAUUUUAUUGCAUAGUCUCAAUCUUACUGUGACACAGGGUGCCAUGUUUUUUUUAAUAAUUAUUUUUAAUUAUUUUAUGUGUAGGUAAAUCCGUUUUUUUAUUCAUAUAUAAUGUAAGAGACUAAAUGACGUAAUUUUUUUUAGAAUAGUUUCAGUGGCCAAGGUAAAAAUGUAGGCAUCAAUUUGCAAGUUCGAUUGCAGAUUAUACAGUUGAAUAUUAACGUUGCCAUAGACAAUAAUAAAUGUGUUUCAACUUCAGCUUGGAUAGGGAAUCUCAGUGAAAAAGGAAAAAGUUUUUUCGUGCGACAAUGUGUUUUUGGAAUAUACUUAAGGACAUUAUGCUUAAUUAGGAAAUAUGAUUUGGCGGUGAUCGCGGUCUAUUAUGAAAUAGACACAUAAUCAAUUAUAGAUACCGAGGGGAAAAUAUUAUUUGGUUUAAGGGACAUUAUAGCAUAUUUACAGGAGAGCCAUUAAAAAGUUUAAAAUUUGAAAAAAAUAUCAUGACAAAAAAAACUUCUUCAACUAUUUGAAUGGGGUAAACAAAAUUGAAGUUCAAUUAAAAACAUCUAACUGUUGAUGCUAAUACCAAAUAAAACGGACCUAUAAUUACAAAGAUAUAUCGCCUUUUCGCAUUAAAAGUGUACAAUUUCGAAAAAUAUUCGAAAUUGAGUUAAUGUGCGUAAACAUUUGGUAUCACCAGUAUUUUUCUCAUAAAUAUUGUCAAAAGGGCGUAGUUUAGUUUUAGUUGUUUUUUUUUACUUUACCUAUGUUUGGACUGCUAUUAACAAAAUUACUACAUAAUUUUAUCUUACUUUAAAAGAUAGAUACUGUAACUGGUAAAAAAUAAAAAUAAAAAAUGUUCCAAAGAUGAUUUAUAUUAAAAAUAUUACAUGUUAAACCUUUAAAACACUCUCCCGUAAAAUUAGUAAGUUUUGAAAUCUCAUUAUCGUCUUCACGCAUUAUUAAGCGAAAUGUCGCUUUAACCAAAUAGUGUUUCACCCUUCGAUAUAUAUGCGUCAUAGAAAUGUCUUAAAUCGAUCGCAUUACCCAGCGCUGAAUCUCACGCGUUAUAUCUGUGAUACUUUACGUUUGUAAUGCACGCAAUAAUAUUACGUAUUCGGUAUUAUGUUUAGGUUAAGUUUUCAACGAAAUACGUUUUUACGUUAAGUUUGAGUUUUAGUUGACUGGUUGUUUUCGAUGGGGAGUUACGCCGGUUGCGGAGACUAAUUGUGGAUAGCUGGUACAAAUGAUUAUUACGUGGUAGACAUGUCAAUAUUAUAUGCCGUGUAGCCUAAGAGAUAAGACGUCCGGUGCAUUCGUGUUGAGCGAUGCACCUGUGUUCGAAUCCCAGGCGGGUACCAAUUUUUCUAAUGAAUUACGUACUCAACAAAUGUUCACGAUUGACUUCCACGGUGAAGGAAUAACAUCGUGUAAUAAAAGUGUAACCCGCAAAAUUAUAAUUUGCGUAAUUACUGGUGGUAGGACCUCUUGUGAGUCCGCGCGGGUAGGUACCAUCGCCCUGUCUAUUUCUGCCGUGAAGCAGUAAUGCGUUUCGGUUUGAAGGGUGGGGCAGCCGUUGUAACUAUACUGAGAUCUUUGAACUUAUAUCUCAAGGUGGGUGGCGCAUUUAAGUUGUAGAUGUCCAUGGGCUCCAGUAACCACUUAAUACCAGGUGGGCUGUGAGCUCGUCCACCCAUCUAAGCAAUAAAAAAAUAAAAAAAAUGACAAUUUGAAAUAUAACUUUUUACAUAAAAAGUUAUUAAUUUGCUUAGCAUGUGUUGCUCUUUCUCUGUGCUAGUUUUUUUUUUUUUACAUAGAAAGUAAAUGAUUUAGAAGUCAUAGUCAAUUUAAGAUUUUUUAAAACAGUAAUAAAAUCGAUAACUAAAGAUGUUUUGGUUAUGCCAUAUUCAGCUGUCUGGUCAGGUUGUAGUCUAUCGGCGUCACUCCAUCGAUGCUUACUUUACUUUAAUGUGAAUUUUUAUAUUAAAUUUAACCGAUUAACAUGAAUAACAAGGAUUCCGUCUCCCGCAUUCCAAAUGUAUUCCGUGUAUUCGUUAAGUACAAAAGUAAAAGGGAUUAUAUUCGA